AUGGAGCGCCUGUCCCGCGUGGGCACCGGGCGGGGAAGGAAACCUGUGGCGCGGCUCCCGGCGGCUGGGCUCCCGGCGCCUCCCGCGGCUCCUCGGCGGCCGCCCGACCUCCGCGCCGCCGCAGCCGCAUCUGGGUGCCGCCGGCCCAGCCCCCUCGGGCGUCGGAAGCGCCCGCAGCAGGGGACCAGGCCCCGCCCCUGUGCGACGGCGCCGGCUCCCCACGAGCCCAGCCCCCUUCCCGCGCCCCUCCCGGGAGUCCCUGCGCUCUGGACGGCGGGGAGCCCGGCUCCAGCCUCCUUCCUCUCCUGUGUGCCCCCGGGUGCUCUUGGACCCGGGGGCGGGGGCGGGGCGCCGACUAGCCGCAGAGCGCGCGGCCCAAGGCACCAUCCCCCCUCCCCCGACCGCCUCCCCCUUGGCGCCCCACCGCGCCCCGAACCCGCGCCCAAAGGCGCCGGACUUUCCCCGGGGAUCCCCACCGUGCCUGUGACGUUCGCGGGCCGGGCCCGUGCGUUUCCCGCCGUUCUGAGGUGGUAACUGUGAGAAGCUACGGCCGGCCCUGCACCUGUCGCGCGACCCUGUAGGCGGCCGGCCAGGAGGCUGCGGGUCACACCGAGGCUUUCCCAGAACCCGAACUCACCCCUUUCCAGUGAGUUUUAAACACCAGACCUGUUCAUUCAUUCAUUCAUUCAUCCAGUACCAGUCCAGCGCCCGCACAAGAGCUGAGGAUACUGCGUGGUCAAAAACACCGCCAAGACAUUGCCCUCAGGGACCUGGCAUUCCAGUGAGGAAAGUUAAAUAGAUAAAGUGUAUAUCCUGUGAGGACAGUGGUAAGUAUCUUGAAAAAAGUUAGGCCACGCUCAAAAAAGAUGGGGAGGAGAGAGGCCUACACUGAUGGAAAAUGUCAGACAUGCAGGAGCCAGCUGAAAGAGCUCCCAACGCCAAAGCUGGAACGAUUUGAACAGCAGAAUAAAGUAGUAUUAGAUUACAACCCAAAGUUAAAAAAAAAAUCUGUGAAUUAAUAGUGAUAUAAAUAGUUGAAUACAUAAAUGCCAAAGAGAUAAAGUUCUCCUUCGGAAGAAUUCCCAAUAGCUUAUGAGGAUACUACAUCCUCAAAGAGGAGAAGCCUAACUUUCCACUCCUUUAGGUAUAAGCUGCUUAUAGUGACUUUCUCCCAAAAAGUACAAUAUGGAAAAGGAGGGAAAAGAGUAACUUUACAUUGGAGACAUCUGAAAAACACCACCUCAGCCAGGUGAUCGAGGUCAAUAUUAAGAGUCAAAAAUCAUAUUGAUAGUAUGUGCUCUUCAUAUGAUAUGAUGAAAAUGGCACUUGACCUCUGUAGUCUUCCUCCCAAAAACCCAUAACCCCAAUCUUGUGAG